CCAGUUUUGGGCCUCCAGGCAUCGCAGCGCUGCUCCAAGUGUUGGAUUUUACGGCCCCAGGUGAUAUCGUCAUCGCUGCGCUUCAGUGCACUCGCAGCGAACCAGCCGCAAGCUGCAGACUGUGCGGGAGAGCAGGAGUGCUCUCCGCGCUGCCAGCAGCACCACACGACUGCGACAGAGACACGCAGCCAUGCAGCGCCUGCUCCUCGCCUCACUCGUGGCCGCAGCCGCCGCCGCGGCGCCGCGACGCGUCGCCGUGACGGGCGCCGGCGGCCAGACGGGCCAGCUCGCGUUCCGGCGCAUGUUAGCGAGACGCGACGAGUUCGACCCGAUAGGAAUAGUACGAAACGCGCAAAGGCGGGACGAGCUCGUCGAGAAGGGAGUGCCAGCGGACAACGUGCGCGUCGCCGACGUGACUGAUGCACAAGCGAUCCUCGAAGCGCUCGAGGGCUGCGAAGCGUUGCUCAUCGGCUCGUCGGCGAAAGUCGCGACGCUCGAGUUCGACACUGGUGUGAUUGACCCGGCGACGGGCCGGCCCAAGCUCGGCUUCCCGAAGGGCCAGCCCUAUGAAGUGGACUGGCUCGGCCAGAGGAAUCAGAUUGACGCCGCGAAAAAGUGUGGUUGUACCCAUGUCGUGAUCUGCUCGAGCAUGGGCGGGACAAAUCCUGAUCACAUGCUCAACGGCUUGGGGCGGGACGACGGCGACCCUGCGACAAAAGGGAACAUCCUCCAGUGGAAACGGAAAGCUGAGCAAUAUUUGAUUGAGAGCGGGCUCACGUACACGAUCAUUCAUCCGGGCGGCCUGGUGGACAAGCCGGGCGGCUGCCGCGAAUUAGUCGUAGGUGUCGACGACGUCAUGGUCGACGGCGAGGGGACGAACACGAUUCCUAGGGACGACGUCGCCGAGACCAUGGUCCAGGCCCUGCGCCACGAGGCGUUCCGGAACCGGUCCUUCGACCUGCGGUCGAAGCUCGAGGGCGACGGCGACCCGACGUCCGACUUUGCGCGGCUCCUGGCGCCGCUCGGGGGGCGCGACUGCGACUACUCGCUGGGGAAGAUUCCGGACGAUUAAUAAUAGUGUG